AUGGCGUCAGAUCAGGAAGAAGUAGAGUUGCUGAACCUUAUUGAAAAAGAUUUUCUCACAAUCAUGAGUUUUCGCUCAUGGGAAUUGUAUGAAUACACCCUGCUUCCCACCACCUCAAGGCAUAAAUGGACUGUGGAAACGUCAACUCAGUUGCAAAAACCACGGUACAUUGUACUGAGUUUCCAGGCAGACAGAAAUGAUAAACUAGUCAGAUAUGCUAUUCGCUUCGAUUACUGUAAUAUAAAAAAUAUCAAGGUCUUCCUCCAUUCACAGUACUAUCCGUACGGUAAUUUGCAUCUGGACUUUGGUCAUAAUCAGUUUGCACUACUGUAUGAGAUGUAUGCAAACUUUCAGGCAGCCUACUACGGUAAACAGCCUGAACCGAAGUUGAAGAAAAGUGAUUUAAAAGAAUACGCUCCACUUACUGUCAUUGAUUGCUUAAAACAAAAUGAGUUUCUCAAACAGACCUCUGUGGACGUUCGUUUGUAA